AACAUUCAACAAUUAAACCAUGCAAUAUAUGGGAUUCCUAUAAAUUUGGAAAGGCCUUACGAAUCUUAGAUGAUAAAAUAAAGAAGCUUCAAAAGGAAGGAUUAAAAGAAACUGAUCAGUCUGCUGCACUUAUGGUGGAUGAAAUUUUUCAAAUUUUAGACCAUGAAUCAAUAUCUGGAAAUGAUAAUGAAAGUUUAGUUCGACAUGUAUUUUUUUGGCUUUCACUACUUUGUGGUUUGCGAGAUGGUAAUACAGCCAAAUUAAAAGUGAGUGAUAUAAGCUGUCAACCUUAUGAUGGGUUGUUUCUUGUAUUUACACAUGAAAAAAAUAAUCAACAUGAUGCCUUGAAAUAUAACAAAUAUAGAAAGUCAGCUGCAAGAAAAUUACCAAUUUCUUCUAAUAAUUCAAAUAAUCAUUUUAAACCUGUUUAUAAUAUUUUAAAAAUGAUUUCUCUCCAUCCUCUUAAUGCUGACGAUGUGCUAUUUUUAGAAACCUGUGAAAAAAAAUUAGGAACUAUGAUGUUGCAAAUUGCAGAUCUUACUAAAAUCAACUUAGACAAUGGAUGCAAAAUUACUAAUCAUUCGCUACGUCGAACAGCAAUUCAAAGACUUAAGGAUUUAAAUAUUCUAGAAGAUGAGCGAAUGGAAUUUUCAGGACAUAGAAGUCGUGAAGGAAUAAAGGCUUACAAUAACUCAAAUGAAGAUCAAAAGAUUCAGAAUACAGCUUUAUUAAUUCCACUUGAUUAUGAAGAUUUGCUAUAUGAAGAAUUUAACUAUUUUUCUAAUAAUAGCAUAAAUUAUUUAAAUUUUAAAGAUAAUCCUGAAAUUUAUGAUAAUUCAAUUUUUAUGACAGCAGCAGAAAACUAUGCAUUUGAUAAUGGGCCAGAACCAUAUAAUGAAUAUUCAAAUAUAAAUUACUCUAAUAGCUAA